CAAAACUUAAUUUCCUCUUUUCGUAGAAAUGAGAACUGAGGCUGAGAAGAGAACCACGAUGAAACCCUAAGUUCUGUACCACCGUUUCUGUCGCUUCCGCCGUCGCUUCCGCCGUCGCUUCCGCCGUCGCUUCCGCUGCCGUUUCCGUCGCCGGCGUUGUUACCACUGCCGUGUCCGUUGCGGUAGAAAGCUUCUGGAUCGAGCCACCUCUUCCAUCAACACGUUUUUAGAUAUGUUCUCUCUAUAUUAUCGUUGUUGCCACUGCAGUUUCUCCCGCCGUUGCCGCCACAGUUUCUACCAUUGAUGCCACCAUAGUUGCCACGGUACAACGUUGCUUUCUCUCACUCCAAUUUCUCCUUUGAACUGCUGGUGGUACUUCUUUUUCUACUUCUUCUCUAUUAAUUUGCUGAUAUUUCUUCUUUAUUAACGAUAAAUUUCUUCUCUGUCUCACCUCCUCAGUUCUAUUGCUGCUGUCUCACUGGUAUCUCCUCUUGUUAUGCUCUUUUGUUCUGUAUUUUUUUAUUGUUAGAUUUUAACCGAAAAGAAACAUUGAACAUAAUUGUGAAAAUUAUUAUAAUCUCUUAAAAUAUUUUAAUGAUCGAUUAUUUGUGACUAUUAUGCUUUAAUUCUAGACUUUGGCAUCUACUUGCUAUAUGUUUUCUAAGUGAAUUCGCAUAUGCACGCAGUUUAUCCUGAAAGUUGGAAUCCUAGGUGGUCUAUUUUAAGGUCAAACUGAUUCUAAUUAUGAAGUUCUGAUAUGUGAUUUGUUUUUUAAUCUAUGGUUUAACUUUUAGAUUGACUGAAUUUAUAAUUAAAAUUUUGAUGAGAAAUAUGUAUACUUUUAGACUUAUUAAAGAGUUUUGAGGUGGUUCCUUAGGUUCAUCCUAAUUAGUAUAAUCUUUUUGUGCAUUGUACAUGGUUUCUAAAGAAGAGAAUUGGCUAAAGAGGUAAGCUAUAUCUCUGAACUUAUGUUUUCAUGCAGUUCGUUCAAUUAUUUGGUAAAUGAACUUAAAUUUGAUUUGAUUCUUUUUGCAAUAAAAUACAGGAUAUGAGACAGCAAGCCAAUGAAACUGGAGAAACUACUACACCAAUUAUAGUAAGAUCUCAUGUUGCUACUGAGGAGCAUGUGAAAGAAGCAAUAAGGCUUUUCACUGUGUCUAUAAUGGAUGCUGCUCGGUCUGGAAUACACCAACAAAUCAGUCUCACACCAGAAAUGGAAAAUGAAAUAAAGCAAGCAGAAACUCAGAUAAAGAGAAGAAUUGGGAUUGGAAACCACAUAUCAGAAAGAAGGCUUAUUAAUGACCUCAGCAGAAUGGGAAUGAACAAAUCCAUUGCUUUGAUUAGCAGUAAUUUUGGGUUGAACUUGCUGGUUGAGAUGAUAUUGGAUGUGAUGAAUCUUAAAAAAUGCCUGACAAAUGUCUUUCUGCUUACACUAGCUAUGCUAACCACUACAUCAGGUGGAUUUGUUGGCGUAAACAUUGGAACUGAUGUUUCUGACCUGCUGGCUGCUUCAAAUGUUGUUGCUAUACUAAAGGCCCAUCAAAUUACUCAUAUGUUUUAUCAAACCAGAAAUCACUUGCUAUUGCCUCACCAAGUGAGCAAUAAAAGUACAGGAAACCAUUUUCUACAGAAGAUUAUGCUAGAGUAUCCACGUCACCAGAAGCAGGAGCGAAUGAGUCUUUAGCAUCAGAAACUAAGUAGGCAAUUUAUUAUUUACCCUUCUAGGUGGAAUUCCCCGACAGUAACGAAGGGCCUCUUUUGAUAGGGCAUUGUGGUAAAAAUGGUUAUUAUUAAUAUACUUCAUGAAGGUAGAGGAGCUUCAGAGGAUGGGUAAUUCUUUAUUUGGAGAAGGUUUAACUCUACUUGAUAAAAGGUAUGUGAUGAAAAUUGACAUUUUUUUUUGGUUUAUUUUGAUGCACUAUGCAUUGAACAUGAACAGGUAUUGAUGUUUGGAGUAUUGGCUAUAGAGAUUAAAAGAAAGACUCCUCAUUGUAAUAGAAAUUCCUAAAUAUUCUUGUUUUAGCUUUAACAGCUAGUGUAAGUAUUAGGACUUGUUAACUACAUUGUUAGUUUGUCAUUCUUUCUGGAUGAUAAUGGUAUAGUUAGAAGUCAAGAUCUAUUUACAUUGUUUGCAAAUACAUUUAUCUAGUUAUGUUCAUUGUCUAGGAGUUUGGACAUAAGUUUGUAUUUUAUCAUGUUAUUUUUAAUAUUUUCUAGUUAUAAUUAAUGUGAUUGGAA